AUGAAUUUAAAAUACAUGGACCCAACUACGAAGAUCCUGAAAACCACUAAGGAUCUAAUUAGUGAGUACUCGGACAGCCUCAAUCUUAAUGUUGCAAGUUUAGUUCCUGAUUGCCCGGUGCCUCCGAAGUUGUAUGGAUUGCCUAAAAUACACAAGCCAAAUGCUCCGCUACGUCCAAUAGUGAGUCAGAUCGAUGCUCCUACGUAUAAAUUGGCUCAGCACCUAGCGGGAGUCCUUUCACCAUUGCGAGGUGGCACCAGCUCUCAUACAAAGGAUUCUUACCAUUUCAUCAGUGAAAUUAGAGAUCUCACAUUAACUGAUGAUGAAAUCAUGGUCUGUUUUGAUGUUCAGUCGCUAUUACCGAAUCUACCGGUGAAAGACUGCAUUGAAAUUGUCAAGAAGAGGUUGAGAGAGCAGAACAUGUCUGAGAACUACGCCAAGUUGUUGGAACAUUGCCUCACAUCGGGCUACUUGCUAUGGAAUGGUGAAUUCUACCUUCAAGUGGACGGCGUGGCAAUGGGGUCUCCGGUGUCUCCAGUAGUCGCCGACAUCUUCAUGGAGGACUUUGAGGAGAGAGCGCUCUCAUUGGCUGCCGUCCAGCCGAAGAUAUUUAAAAGAUACGUAGAUGACACUUUUACUAUACUUCCUAAAAGUAAUGUUUCAACUUUCUUAGACCAUUUAAAUUCUAUCCAUAGUAAAAUACAAUUUACUAUGGAAUUGGAGAAAGACUGUUCCCUUCCCUUCUUGGAUGUUCUCAUUUUGAGGAAUCCUGAUAAUAGCUUAGGUCGCACUGUGUAUAGAAAACCUACUCAUACUGAUAGGUACUUAAAUGGCAAAUCCCACCACCAUCCCAGUCAACUAGCUACUGUAGGCAAAUCUUUGUUUCAGAGAGCCCAAAGGAUAUGUGACGACCAACAUUUGACCGCGGAGCUUCGACAUGCCAGGCAGGCGCUGUUGGCGAACGAGCUCAAGAUACCGCGUGUCAAGCAGAAGGCCCGUUUGAAGAUCCCUACAGUCGAGCGCCGGCCUGCAAUUCUCCCUUUUGUUAGAGGGGUCACAGAUAGGAUCAGCCACAUCUUGAAACGGGCUUCUAUUAAAACUUAUUUCAAGCCUAUGAAGAAGAAGAUGUCCCAAUUCCUGAGGCCUGUGAAAUGUCAAACUCCUCUACAAAGCGCGGGAGUGUACAGGCUAGACUGUGAGUGCGGCCUGUCAUAUGUGGGACAGACGAAACGAAGCAUUUCCACACGGGUGAAGGAACACAUAGCGGAUGUCAAGCACCGUCGGCAAAGGUCUGCAGUCUCUGAACAUGUCAUGGAUAAAGUCAAUCAUGCUAUAAAGUUUGACAAGCCUCUGGUUCUCGCUAAGGAGAAGCGAUAUAUACCCAGAAUGUUGCGAGAGGCCAUUGAGAUCAAGAAAUAUCCAAACUUUAAUAGAGAGGAU